AUGUCGGAGUUGUUUGGUCUGGCUGGAUGGACCUGUGUGGACAUGGAGAUGGUGGGGGACCCACAGUGGGCCCUGAGGGGUCUGAAUGAGCGACUCAGAAGUUUCCUGGACCAUGUGGGUCAUCUUCACGAGGCCAAUCAGCAACUGGAGAGAAAGAUAUUGGAAUGGGGGAGGAGGAACAUCCCUCAGCCACAUGACCGUGUGGCACAGGAGACGACAAUGCAGGAGCUCCAUUCACAGGUUACCAGGCUGCUGGUGGAAAAUGCCAGACUUGCUCUCUAUACAGAUAGCAUGAAAACAGAGGCAUCCCGACUUCAGACGAGGUGGGAGGCAGAGAAGAGGUUGACGAGGAGUCUGGAGCAGCAGGUGGUGCUCCUUAGGGAGAAGAAGAGAGAAACAUAUCAGGCUAACACUCUGCUGGAGACAGAGCUGAGUGCUGCUGAAACCGACUUACAGCACAUGAACGACGAGUAUCAAGCAUCAUGGGAAGAGUUGCUGAAGCAGCAGAAAGACGUCCUAGCAGCGUUGUCUGCUGAGAGAGUGGACCACAAAUAUGGAGAUUACAAUCACAGCAACACACAGUGUGAUGGUUAUGAUCCAGCCCCCAGUUCUCCAAACUCAGCCAUACAUCAUAGUCUAGAUCUGGAACUAGCUCAGUCCAGCGAUACAGUGAACCUGACGGGAGCAGCCCUUUCACAGGAUGGGGGACUGGCUGAACAGACACAGGAGCAGACUGCUCUGAGGGAGGCCCAGGAGGAGCUUGUUGAGGUCAGGAAACAAUGGCAUAAAAUACAGGUGGAGAUAGAGUCACUGCACGCUCAGGAGAGAGGUCUACAGAGCACGCUCCACCACAACGAAUGCCAAUAUUCCAGCCAACUGCACGACCUAGCACAGAAAGCGCAGCGUUUGGAGACAGAGCUGGGGGAGGUACAACAGAACCUGGCCAAUCAGCAGCAAAGUCACACCCACCUUCUCAACACCAAAAUGAGGCUGGAGCAAGAGAUCGCCACCUACAAGAAGCUGCUUGAUUGCGAAGAGAAAAAGUAUCACCCUUGCGUGGAUGGUGGUCAGAAGAAAAUGCACCAGUCUGGAGAAGAGCAGGAUCAGGGUGUGUAUGCUGAUCCGCCUGGCACGGAGCCUAAUUCCACAGAGACCAGAAUAAACAGGAACUACCUCAGUCUGAAGAGGCCGAGCAGUCGGGUCAUUCUUACAGAUCCAGGAGAGAAAAAUGAAGGGGAACUUACCACAGUGAGAACUCAGGAGAUGCUGGAUGGGAACGUGGUUCAAGAGAACACAGAGGGCUGUGGCACUGUAGAAAUGGAAAAUGUCGAUAAGGUGAUCAAACAAUGGGAAGACGCCUUUUUUAAGGUGAACCCAAAGCUGAGGAAGAAGUCUUCGGCCUUGCGCUUCGAUGUGCAAAUGAGCAAGCCUGAGGACGGCUGCGGACAGAUGAAAGACGACAGCCCACCCAGUGUUGAGGUGUGUCUGGUGAUGAAGCAUCCUCAUGGCAUGCCCACUGCUGCUAAGUGA